GUUGUAAACAAGACGAUUUCGUGAUUAAAGGCAAAACAAACCGCUAAACUUUUUUGUUGAUUUUCCUUUGAAUCGUGAGUAACUUUCGGUCGAAAAGUGUUCAUAAGUUGUGUUCGACGAUAGUUGUAUUUGCUGUGCAGAUAAUUUCGUUGAUAAGAAACUUGAAAGUGACCAAAUAAUCAACAUCGAUGACGUCGUCCUGCGGAUGGUACAUAUUUCCAAAAGGCAAAUAUCUGUGUGGAACAGAUCAGCAUCCCGUACCGUGCCGUGUGUUUUUCGGCCCGAUAGGUUCGAGAACCUGAACCCGAAGAAUUUUUAAUGGGAUGCUGCGAGAGGUUAUCGCUCGACGAAAUUUCUCGCAAAAAACCUGAGCCUGAAACGAUCUCAAAACAGUGUUGUUCGCGUUGGUUUGCGUGAGAUAUCCUCAUCGAAAGUGCAAUAUUUAAAGCCCUCAACCAAACACCACCAAAGAAAGAAUGUCGGCCAAUAUCGUACGUGCCGGAGUGGCACCUCUCGCUCGCUCUCAUGGGGCACCUGCGAUGAUCGGCUUGCGUCUGCGUCUGGAUAAACAUCAACAUCAGCGUCCAGCAGUAAGUGGAUCCAGCACCACUACCACUGCAAUCAUCUCCGGAACGAGGCACUUUGGAACGACGACGAUUUCACCAUCCUGCGCGCCAUCGCCACAGUCAACGCUUCCAUCGUCCCUGAAGAAUCGAUCCUUUUCCGAUACGAAGCGGUCUAUCUGUUCUGUGUCCGGUGUCCUCAACGGUGUCAGCCUUCCGAAAGCCACAAAGAUGUCCGGCAAUGCCAAGCUGCUGCACGAGAACCUCUGGGAGUCGGACCCGGAGCUGAUGGACCUGAUCCGGAAGGAGAAGAAACGCCAGGUGCACGGACUGGAGAUGAUCGCCAGUGAGAACUUCACCUCCCUCUCGGUGCUGCAGUGCCUGGGAUCGUGCCUGCACAACAAGUACUCCGAGGGAUUGCCCGGACAGAGGUGAGUUUUUAAUGAAUGAAUGGUUGAAAUUCAAUUUCGGUUCCCGAAUAGAAUAAUUCAUUUAUGACUGUGCCUUAUAAAUAAUUGAAGAAGUGAUUUAUGACGUUAUGGAAGUACCAGGUACACAAAUUGCUUCACAG